GUCGGGUCAUGGAGAGAUGAUGCGGUCACUCAAUACCAACCAAACGUUUCCCCGCCAUUGACGAUGAUACCGACUUGUACAGCAACUUUACAUUUGGUAAUCCCGAACGCCGCCGAGUGAAACUGUCUCCUCAUCUCGCGCCCAACCCACAAGCACCAGUUGCGGGCACACUGAGAGCCGGUCCGAUAACCGGUACCAACUGACUUGGGCUGUUGACAAGCCUCGAGUCACCGCCCUGCACCUCACUUCGGGGAUAGGCACACGACUGCCCUGGUGCCGUCGUGGGCACCAGCAAAAAUAGUCGCAGACAUGGCGGACUCAGUCGAUCGGGUGUUCGUCCAUGCCCUCAACACGGUCAAGAAAGUCCCCAAGACCGGGGCACUGCGGCCCCCACCCUCAGACCGAAUGCGGCUCUACGGCCUCUAUAAACAGGCGAUGGAGGGCGACGUCGACGGAGUCAUGGACAGGCCGACUGCCAGUUCAGGCAUGCACGGGGACGAACUACAGCGCGAGCAAGAUAAGUGGGACGCGUGGGACUCGCAGAGGGGCCUGAGCCGUACGGAGGCCAAGAGGCGGUAUAUUGAGGCCUUGAUCGAGACAAUGCACAAAUAUGCCACCACACCGGACGCAGCCGAGUUGGUGUCCGAACUGGAAUUUGUAUGGAACCAAAUCAAGAACAACAGCCCGAGUUCAUCAAACGAGUCUGCGAAACAGCUGGGCAUGAGUAUGGACACGAGUCCGAAAAGAUUUGCCCAGCCCAUGGCGGGGACCGACGGGCCCAUGAAGAUCCUGAGCCCGAUGAGCGAGGAGGACGAGGCGGAGCUGGACUAUCAAAGGCGAAUGGCGGCGGGGGAUCCGGAUGACGACGGCGAGUACGUCAAGAGAGGGGACAAGUGGUCCAAAAAGAUGGAGCGGGCGAUCGUGCGACUUUCGACGGAGAUAGCGGCCCUAAGGGAACAAAUAACAUCUGGUCGGGAGUGGAGGUCCAGAAAGGAGAGGAGCCUGGGAGCCUGGAUGAGAUGGCUUUUCUGGACAGCCAUGAAGCAUGCCGUCGUUGAUGCACUCCUCGUGUUCCUUGUCCUGAUAUGGAUGCGGAGGAGGAAAGACAGGAGACUAGAGGACCACUUCCGGGCAGCCGUGAAAAUCGGAAGAGAGUAUGCGCGGAAGGUUCUACCAUCCAGAUGAUGCGUAUAGCAACAUGAGGAUGAGACCUCACCAAGACGACAACCAGGAGUCAAGCCUGUCUGACUGGUUUUGGCCGCAGGCAGGCAGGCGACGGAAAGAUCAGUGGGGCUGUUGAGUCGAGUACCACCACCAGGCGGGUCAUUCUGGGGCUUCAGAUUUAGGCCUCGUUGCCUGGCCUCAACGAGAGCUCAGCAUCAUUGGGACGCCGAGGCAUCACACCUCCGGCACCUUGUCCUCCGUGCAGUUACACCUGAAGAGCGAGCACCAGGGCUCAGAGAGAUUCCGUUGAGCGCAGCACGUUUCUGGCAGCUGGUGUGAUCUCGGUACAAUAUAGUCAUAUAGGCUUCACCACAACAGUGUAUGGUGGGAUACAAGAGACCUUGGAGUCACCUCAAUGGGACUUCGAGCCACUUUCCCCGUGGGGAGGAGGGGGGGAAGACCCAUAUGGUCAAGGCACUAGUCGAUCUUCCCGAUAUUUAAUUCCAUCAUGCCUAGAAAUGAAAUGGGUUCAAGGUGCUUGGCCGAGCUACUGUAAAAAGUCGGACGUCUGUACAACUUUUUCAGUGCGGCGUGGCUUGGGUGUGCGUUGCUUGCUUGCCCAGAGCUCGAGCUCGACCUGGCAACCCCUCAACCCGUC